AUGACGACGAAAGCGGAACAGGCACACCGCGAUACUGGCGAUGCAAUUGCCAGUCGAUUGGUGAAGAAGGUGAAAAUAUCACCGGAUGCCGAUGUCGACGAUAGAUCUGCCUGCAUCCCACCCGCGCGACUGGAACACCCGCUGGGCGUGAAGCCCAUUGGCAACUACUUUGAGGAUGCCGUCCAUGGUAUCAAAGAGUGCCGCGCGGCAGGUCUGGGUCGUCUGGCGAUGAUGCAGGAUAGCCAGCUACUUUCGCUCCUAAAUUACUGCUCGGCCGCAGACCUGGCAAAGCUUGCAGUCUGUAGUCGUGCCGCGUACGUGUAUGGAACACACGACGAACUGUGGCGAGUGCUGGUGCUCGAAGAGAUGGAGGGACAUUUCGAACCCAAGCCGACGUGGAAAGCCACGUAUCUUAAGACUAAGUACGGAGACAAGAUGCAGAUGAAAGCUCCUAUUCGUGUGCAGGGGGUGUAUUCCGACCUGUUAUUCCAGUCAUUCUACUGCUCUGCUGCGCCGAUUGAAGAGGCAUGGCUGGCAGUGGAGAAUAUUGAGCGUCGCAGUGCAAAGGACAUGACCGUGGAGGAUUUUAAGAGAGACUUUGAAGGUCCUAACGUGCCUGUUAUUAUCACCGAUGCUAUUGGUGACUGGGCGGCGUUGAGCAAGUGGACGGAUGAAUAUCUGGGAGAAGUUUGCAAGGGCAAGACGUUCUAUGCUGGUGGAUUCCAGUUCUCAAUGGAUAAGUAUUUUAAGUACUGCCGCACACUAUUGGACGAUCAGCCGUUGUUUGUAUUCGACAAGGAGUUUGCUGCGAAGGUGCCGCAGCUGGCUAAGGACUACAAUGUACCGGAGUACUUUCAGGAAGACUACUUUGCUCUACUUGGCGAGGAUACGCGACCAGACUACCGUUGGCUAAUCAUUGGCCCUAAGAAAUCUGGCUCCAGUUUCCACAUUGAUCCGAACGCGACGAACGCGUGGAACGGCGUUAUCCGAGGAUCUAAGAAGUGGAUCAUGUUCCCUCCAGGCCAAGUACCGCCUGGGAUUCACCCCAGUGAGGAUGGCAGCGAAGUAUCUUCGCCCGUGUCACUCAUGGAAUGGUUUGUGACCUUCUACAAGGACGUGCAGAAGCUUCCUGCCCACCUCAAACCGCUGGAAGGUAUCUGUCGAGAGGGCGAGACAAUGUUCGUGCCCCAUGGCUGGUGGCACACCGUGCUAAACAUCGACGAAAGCGUUGCCAUGACGCAAAACUUUGUGAGCUCCAGCAACGUGAAGAGUGUGUUGGACGCCCCCACCUCGGUGGAAUGUUCCGAAAGGUGA